AGAUCCAACUCCUUGGGUAUUAGACCAACUUGUUCUCGUGUGUUCUUAUUGUGCAGCCGCUGCUGUGGAGGGCUUUCACUCUUCGCCCAUGUCCUGCUUGCUCUCUGUAUAUACGUAAUUCUUUUCUUCUGCCUUCGUGAGGAUCCUCGAGUUCCCGCCACAGCAAGCCCAGGAACUCUGAAAGCGCUUUCAAUUGAUCCUGAUACCUAUGCAUUUCGUGCACAGCGCUUCAACACGUACGUAGUAAGUGAACGCUUUCGUUCUGGACCCGGUGAGUUGGGACGUGGAGUUGAUGCACACAUAUCUAAUGAAGAAAUGGAUCGCAUCAACGCUGUAGAUGGUUAUAACAGCCAUGCAUGCAAGUUGGUUGCGCUUGAUCGUUCACUUGGUCAUCGCCCAGCAAAGGAGUGCCUUGCUAUUACCUAUCCUGACAAACUUCCCACUGCGAGUGUCAUAUUAAUAUUUUUUAAUGAACCAUUUCGAUUAAUUAUUCGAACAGUGUUUUCAAUAGUGAAUCGCAGUCCACCGGCAUUGUUGAAAGAAGUUCUGCUUUUGGAUGAUGGGAGCACACAAAACGAUUUGCUUCAUAACCUAGACACCUUUGUCAAGAAUACUUGGCCGGAUGGAAUUGUACGAAUUGUUCGACUUCCUCAACGCACAGGCUUGAUCAGGGCUCGUAUUGAGGGUGCCAAGGCCGCAACAGCUGACGUCAUUGUUAUCCUCGAUGCUCAUUGUGAAGUGACCUAUCGUUGGCUGGAACCUCUGUUGUAUCGGAUUUGGCAGAAACCGGAUGCAGUCGUUUGCCCUGCUAUAGCAAAUAUCGACAGAUUCACGCUAAAGGUCUUUCGAACUGAUGUUCGAUAUACUGAGGAUGGUUGGCUUAGUCUUCGCGUGGGCUCCUUCGCUUGGGACGGAAUGUUUGUGUUUGAGCAUCCACCUCGCAGCUCUGUGGUCAAGCGAAAGAGCAACGCUGACACCAUUGAAUCGCUUACUAUGCCUGGUGGUCUUUUUGCCAUGUGUCGGGACUACUUUUUCAAGCUGGGGGGUUAUGAUGACGGAAUGGAGAUUUGGGGCGGUGAGAACUUGGAGUUGUCAUUUCGUAUUUGGCAGUGCGGCGGCUCACUUGAGUUUUCUCCUUGCUCGACUGUCGGACAUGUUUAUCGUGCCAUCCAUCCAUACUCAUUUCCUAGCAACAAGGACUACAACGGGCACAAUAUUGCUCGGAUGGCUGAAGUGUGGAUGGACAUGUACAAGGAGAAUUUCCAUCUGGCUCGUGGUGACAUAAAAAAUAUGGAUUACGGCAAUGUGUCUGAACGAAAGAAACUUCGAACUGAUCUAGGCUGCAGGAGUUUCCAGUGGUUUCUUGAUAACAUUGCUCCCCACAAAUUUGUCUACUCCAGAAAUCGGCUUGGAUAUGGAAGCUGCUGUAAUGCAGAGAACCACUGUCUUUUGCGAGGCAAUGAUGGUAACGAGUAUCGGAAGCAGCAAAUGAGUCUACUGGUCACCUCAUCACAGGUGACUGUGCAUAUGUGGGAAAACCUCUUUGCUCUGACAGACACGGGUCUGUUGCGUAAGGACUGGAACUGCGUGCGCUUACGGCGGUCAGGCGGACCGAUAGUCUCCCUCUGGGUGUUCACGGAACUCAUCACUGACCUCGAGCUCUGUCCGCCAGAGGAGCUGGAGGCUCCCUUGGAGCGGGAGUGGUGGCGCGACUGGAUCGCUGAACAGAUGAAACGAAUCGAGCACCUUCAGGCAAAGGAUCCGGAACAAGGUUUCCAGGCUGUCACCACUACCAGCCAACGGAAUGCCCAUUUUCGAUGGAUUCUCGAUAAGGUUCACGGGAAACUGAUUAACGCCCAGACAGGCUACUGCCUGGAUGUCAUUGAUGGUCAACGACCGGUCCCAAGACCUUGUGUCGAUGGUGCGCCCUCGCAGAGCUGGCAUUUCAGUCACCACGGCUAA